AUGGUCAAGAAGUCAAACGGCAAGUGGCGGAUGUGCACUGACUAUACCGACCUCAAUAAGGCAUGUCCUAAAGACGCAUACCCUCUCCCUCACAUCGACGCACUAGUCGAUGGCGCGGCCGGCCACUUUAGACUAAGCUUCCUGGACGCUUAUUCCGGGUAUAAUCAGAUACCCAUGUACCCCCCGGACGAAGCCAAAACCGCGUUCAUCACUGAUUCAGCGAACUAUUGUUACAAGGUAAUGCCAUUCGGCUUAAAAAACGCGGGGGCAACCUAUCAAAGGCUCAUGGACAAGAUUUUCCAUAACCAGAUUGGGACAAGUCUGGAAGUGUACGUAGACGAUAUGGUGAUCAAAUCUGCCUCAGGACCCGACCACCUCAGAGACCUACGUUCCAUCUUUGACGAAGUACGACGCCAUCACAUGCGACUGAAUCCGGCUAAGUGCACGUUCGGAGUGGCGGGGGGAAAGUUUUUAGGUUUUAUGUUGUCGCAAAGGGGGAUAGAGGCGAACCCUGACAAGUGUCAGGCUAUCAUCAGCAUGAGGAGUCCGAUUAAUGUCAAAGAAGUACAACGCUUGGCAGGACGAAUAGCUUCAUUGGCUCGGUUCCUGCCUUGCAUGGCAGACAAAUCACGACCCAUUAUGUCCCUUCUAAAGAAAGCCACCAAGUUCAAGUGGACCGACGAGUGCGAAUCAGCCUUUAACAGCUUCAAGGUGAUACUCGCUACCCCGCCGAUGUUGGCUAAGCCCGACCCCCAGCUGGACAUGAUCAUGUACAUAUCAGUGUCCGACAGGGCCAUCAGCACCGUCUUGGUGCAAGAAAAAUCGGAGCAGAUGCCGAUUUAUUUCAUCAGUCGAGUACUGCAAGAUACCGAAGUCAGAUACCAACACCUUGAGAAAACGGUCCUCGCCCUCGUCCACACCUCUCGACGCCUCAGACACUACUUUCAAAGUCAUCGUAUGCUCGUCCGAACUGACACUCCCAUAACCAAGGUUCUGCGAAAGCCCGAAUUGGCAGGACGAAUGGUCUCCUGGUCCGUCGAAUUGUCACAGUUCGACAUUCGAUUCGAACCACGAGGGCCCAUAAAAGCGCAGAGCUUGGCUGAUUUCUUGAACGAAUUCACGUUGACGGCGACCCCCGACGCACAACUUUGGACCUUACAUGUAGAUGGAUCGUCGAACCAACAAGGCAGUGGAGCGGGUAUCAUCUUAGAGGGACCGGGUCACGUAGUUGUCGAGCAGUCACUUCGUUUCGGUUUCAAAGCGUCCAAUAACCAGGCUGAGUAUGAAGCCCUUUUGGCAGGCCUACGACUGGCAAAAGACUUGGGCAUCUCAAAAUUACAAUGUUGGAGUGACUCACAAGUAGUAAUAGGGCAGGUCAGCGGCGCCUUCCAGAUCAAAGAGCCGACCCUACUGUUAUACUUUCAUGCGUUCAAUAAGCUGAAGGCCGAUUUCGAAGAUGUCCAAGUCAAGCAUACGCCUCGGGAACUCAACGUAAGAGCUGAUCAAUUGGCCAGGCUAGCCAGCAGCAAGAAAGUCAGCCACUUACGAAGUGUGAUACAACAGGAUUUGCCAAAGCCCAGCAUCGCCAAACCAGAGUGCUUACAGGUCCAGCCUGAAAGCCCUGACUGGAUGACAGGAAUAAAGGGGUACUUGACAGCCGGAAUAUUACCUGAUGACCCAUUGGAGGCAAAAAAGAUGAGGAUUACGGCGGCACGAUAUACCCUGAUCGCGGGGGACUUAUACAAAAGAGGGUUCUCGACCCCCCUGUUGAAAUGUUUAACACCGGACCAGGCGCACUAUGUGCUGCGAGAAAUUCAUGAAGGCGUAUGUGGAACUCAUUCGGGAGGCCGAACCCUAGCAGCCAAGGUUCUCCGAGCAGGGUACUAUUGGCCAACCUUGGUUGCGGACUGUUCGAAUUUCAUUCAACAAUGCAAGCCCUGCCAACAGCACGGACCUUUAAAUCACCAACCCCCCGAGGGGUUACACUCCAUCUCCACCCCUUGGCCGUUCUCCAUCUGGGGUAUGGACAUUCUGGGACCAUUUCCACCUGCAAAAGGCCAAGUCAAGUUCCUCGUUGUAGCCGUCGACCACUUCACAAAAUGGAUCGAAGCGGAGGCAUUGGCCACCAUCGCAGCCAGCAACAUACAAAAAUUCUUUUGGAAAAGCGUUAUUACCCGGUUUGGGAUCCCGUACGCCUUGAUCACGGACAACGGACUGCAAUUCACCGAUCGACGUUUCAAUGAAUUUUUGAACGGAUUAGGAAUCAAGCACCGAAUGACCUCGGUGGAGCACCCCCAGUCCAAUGGUCAGGCCGAGGCAGCAAAUAAGGUUAUCCUUAAAGAGUUGAAACGACGUCUCGGACAGGCUAAAGGAACAUGGCCAGACCAGCUACCAGAAAUCUUGUGGGCAUACCGAUGCACGCCUCAGAGUUCAACCAAGGAGACCCCCUUUCGGCUAACCUACGGCACAGAUGCAAUGAUACCAGUUGAGGUAGGAGAGCCUUCUCUCAGGCGAACACAAUUUGACGAGGAUAGCAACCGGGAAAAUCUCAAUAUUGAGAUGGACUUGGUAGACGAAGCUCGAGAGCAAGCAUUGGUGAACAUGGAGGCCUGUAGAACCAGGUUGGCAAAGAGAAUUCGAACCAAGGUGAAACCGAGGGAGUUUCAAGCCGGGGACCUCGUGUGGCGAGUUACCGGUGAAGCAAGGAAGGACAAAGCUCAGGGCAAACUCGCACCUAACUGGGACGGCCCUUUUCGCAUAAUGCAUAACUUAAAGAACGGUGCCUACAAGUUAGAAGAGCUCUCGGGAAAGGCUAUUCCCCGAACAUGGAACGCAACGCACUUAAAGCAUUAUUUUAGUUAA